CGAGACUUCACGGGAUUCACGCUCUUACGUUGCACAACAACUCUUUGGUAACAAACCAACGUGGGUCCUGGUGUUUGCGCUGAGAUUUUGAAUCGUUUUCUUCGUGUUUUUUUUUCAGGCGUUCGGACGCAGACGACAUGCCGGAGGGACCCGAGCUGCACCUGGCCAGUCUUUACGUGAACCGAGUGUGCGAGGGCGUCGUGUUCACCGGAGCCGUGCGCAAAUCCGACGUCAGCAAGAGCCCCGACGUCCCCUUCAGCUGCGAGGCGUACACCAUCACCGCCGCGUCCAGAGGGAAGGAGGUGAAGCUGACCCUCCGACCCAAACCCGGAGACGACGGGAAAAGGAGAAACGGGACGGAGCCCAUGGACGUCGUGUUUCGCUUCGGGAUGUCCGGGCUGUUCAAGAUGACCGCGGAGGAGGAGCUGCCCAAACACGCGCAUUUGAGGUUUUACACGAAAGAGAAGCCGCGCCGGGUGCUGAGUUUCGUGGACACGCGGCGCUUCGGGACCUGGCAACCCAACGGGACCUGGCAACCCGACCGAGGCCCCUGUGUGAUGUUUGAGUAUAAAAGAUUUAGGGAGAAUGUUCUGUCUCGUCUGUCCGACCACGCCUUCGACCGACCCAUCUGUGAAGUUCUGCUCAAUCAGAAAUACUUCAACGGCAUCGGGAACUACCUGCGAGCGGAGAUCCUGCACAGGCUGAACAUUCCUCCGUUUGAGUGCGCCCGGACCGUUCUCACAGGACUGGACCCGGACGACGUGUGUGAAACCCAAGAGACGAUGGACGACAUGAAGAAGCGAGUGAAACAGGAGACUCCGGACGUGCUGCGGCUCUGUCACACCGUCCCUCUGGAGGUCGUGCGUCUCGGCGGAAAAGGUUAUGAUCCAGAAAAACAGGACUACGCAGACUUUGAGGCCUGGCUUCAGUGUUAUUACGUGGACGGAAUGAAAUCUCUCCGGGACAGUAACGGACGAACUAUUUGGUUUAGUGGAAAUCCAGGUCCUAUGGCGCCUAAAGGCGCUAAAUCACCCAAGGCGAAAAAAAGAGUAAAGAAAGAAGAGGACCACGACUACACCGAGAAGAAGAAGAAGAAGAAGAAGCCUGUGAGUCGCCGUGGAAACGCUACUGAGAAAAAGGCGGUGAAAAAGGAAAAUGUGGACAAAAAAACAAUAAAGAAAGAGAAGGAUGAAAAGGUCCGGAAAACACGCGCACCUCCGGACAAAAAGAACAAGUCUGUGCCCAGGAAGAGGAAGAACACAGAGGCUCCAGCGGCAGAUUUACAGGAGAACAGAAGAAUAACAAGACGCAGCAGCAGAUGAAUACAAGGGAAUUUUGUAUCAUUUUUUACAUAUUUUUAAUAAAUGUACUAAAAAAAACAGUAUGUGGUGUUUGUUUUGAUUAACACAACCAAAUCUCAGUCUGGAUCAGUUGUAUCAGUACCUCAUUUGGAGCCUGUCCAUCACAAAAUCAGCAGCUUAAA